UCGUUUGACGGUUUACAUAAAGAUUUAUUUCAUUUUUGCAAAAAAAGUGGCUUAGAAAAUAGUUCACCAUGGAAGAAGAGAAUAGACCAUGUAAAAGAAAGAGAACAGAUCCAGAGGAGGGAAGUUCUGAAGACAGCUGUAAGAAUUCCGGAUGUAAUCCAGACCAUCCGGACUCCACAUCCAGAUCUCUUAAUGCAUCUCAGAGAAAUUCUAAUUCCAUCCUGUCUCACUCGGAUGUUGAUAUCUGUUCACCAAGUGAAAAAUGUUCAUCCAAGUCAAAUAAAUCUCCGUUUAAUAUAAAUCCUGAACAGUAUGUGCCAAAAAAUAUGCCUCAGAAUUUUCAUGUACCAAAUAGUUUAUAUCCUUUUAAUGACUCAAAGCCAACUCAGGUACAGCCUUCCCCAAAAGUAACUAUAUCUAGUGAAAAUAUUGCAAGCACAUCUUAUGACAAUAAUAAAUUUUCAGAUCUGCAUUCAGGACAGGGUAGCUCAAAAUUGCUUGAUUCCAAGUGUGAUAGUUGUAACUGUGAAAAUGUUAAAAGUUGUGAGAAAUCCAGUGACUCAGUGUGCCCUGUGAACUCUGACCUUAAAUUGAACUCUAACCUUGAAUUUACCUCUGACCCAUUGCUAAAUUCAUGUAUGUGUUCAAGUACCUGUGCAUUUAGCAAGUUAGGUUCUAAUAGUCCCAGUAAUGAAAAUAGUCCCCAGCAGAUUUGUAACCCAGGUUUUGAGGUUCUAUAUUCACCACCAAGGAAGAACAACUCGGAGGCAGUGGGGGUGGAUCCAGAAUGUGGAGAGGUGGAUGAUGAAAGUGGAGAAGUGGAUGAUGAAAGUGGAGAGACAGUUAGGCAACCACCUCAGAAAUCGGGCAGGACACAGCAUGAAAAUUGUGAUGAUGAGAGGUCUACAGUAAAUGAUAUUAUAACCUCUAGAAGAAUCACUAAAUUUAAAAUACAAAGAAGUCUAGGUGAAAAUUCCCCAAAUUUCGGACAUAGGUCGUGGAAUUCCUUUGGUGUUUCAGAAAUAAAAGACUGUGAUAAUGUUGAAAGUGAAAGAAAUACUCAUUCCCCUCAAAGUGACUUGAAAUGUGAAAAUUACCCGACAUUUGAAUCUCUACCCAUUACCUCAGACAACCAGGUAGAUAAACUCAGGAACACAGUAGGUAGUCUACCAAAUAAGGGGGUGUGUUUUUCUUUGACAGCUGUCAAUAACAUUAAUGACCUCCCACCUUCCAUACUCGUGAAUAUAUUGAAACAUUUAAGAAUGUGUGACCUACUUCACAAGGCAUCCCUUGUCUGUAAACUUUGGCAUCAGCUUGUGUAUGACCCAGACCUAUGGAGACAUGUUGACCUUCACUAUCAACACAAGGUCACUGAUAAACAGUUGUUGACCUUGACCCAGAUAAGUGACAGAGUGACCCACAUUGACAUCAGCGAUACUCAGAAUUUGACCUCUGAGGCUAUGGAACGUGCUCUGAAGUGGUGUGGUCAUUUACGGUCACUUUAUAUGUCAAGGUGUUACAAGUUGAAGGACACAGUUCUACAGACCGUGGGGAGCCACUGUCCCCACCUCGUCACACUAGUGAUGGACGGGUGUUAUAAAAUUACAGAUGGUGGACUCUGUGCUAUGGCAGUUGGAUGUAAGGAGCUACAAAAGGUAAACCUGAGUCGAUGUUCAUACCAUGUGACAGACAAGGGAGUGGUAGCUAUAGCCGAGAACUGCCCACAGCUGAGAGAAGUUAUACUAGCUUAUCUGUCUGAGGUGACAGACUCUUCCUGUGUAAGAUUGUGUGAGAUGUGCCCUAACCUGGAGGUCGUGACCCUGAUGUUUUCUGGGGUCAGUGAGAAGGGAGUCAGAGCCCUCAAACAGCUUAGGAAGUUAAAAAUCAUUGACAUAUCUAGUCUACCUGGCAUUUUGCCAACAGAUGUAGCGUCCUUGACCCAGUAUUGCCCUGACCUUGAGGCAAUGAAUGUGUCCUUGAAUCCUCAGAUAAAUGAUGAGUGUCUGUUGAAGGUCAUCAAAUAUGGCAGAAAACUUCAUCUGUUGCAGUGUGUAUCUUGUCACAUCACUGACCAGUUUUUAGGAGAAAUUGGAAAGUACACAAAAACACUAAAGAACCUUGAUAUUGGCUGGUGUCAAGCAGUCACAGACAACGGCAUUCGAAAUCUGUCUGCAACCUGUACGUCCCUGCGGUAUCUUGGCUUGAUCCGAUGUGACGCAGUCACGGCAGAUGCAGUCGAAGAACUGGUUGCGCAAUAUCCGCACAUCACAUACUCAACUUUUAUACUGGAGUCCAAAAAGCUUAUAGAGCGGGCCCGACGAGAGGGGUUCAUGUUUAACGAUGAUCAAAAUCAUGUUGAUAUGUUAGUGUGAUAUUGCAGAUAAUUAAGUGUGAUUUUUUUUUUUUGCAGAGAGUUGUUUCCCUUUAAUCUUAACAUAUUUUUUAUGUUGCUGAGGAAUAUGUCAAACUGAUUCUGGUUUUUAAAUGAUUUCAUUUUUUUUAACAUUGAUUAUUUGAAAAACAACUUUCAUUUACUAUUUUCAGUUAAAAUUUUUUAGGGAAAUGUAUCAACAGUCAGAACAAUCAUGCAUUAUGAAUGUUUGAUUAGCCUUGGAUAUAUGAAAACUAGCCAAUGAAUAAGAGCUUCAUAGAUUGGAAAUUGAAGUUUCUUUUAUAUAAAUGAAGGUCUCGCCUUAUAAGUUUUAAAUCAUGCUGCAGGCAGCUAAUUAAUGAAGAAAAAAAAUCUAUUUUAUAUACCUGUGUAUAUUGCUUGUUAAAUGAUAUUCUGAUGUGAAAUGAAAGAAACUAUUAUAUAGGAUAACCUAUUUCAAAUGAUUUGUUCCUUGGCGUUGUGUUUUGGCAUUUUGAGGGAACAAAUUAUAAACUGAAUGCACUUUUUCAAAAGAAGAAUACUUCCUGCUAGAGAUACAAGUACAUGUAUAUGAAUGAGAUCACUGUAUUUAUAUCAAAAUGCAUGUUUAUUGUUUUCGUGUGAGAAUGAAAGUACAUGUAUUUGUUUGCACUUAUAUUCUUUUUUUUUAAUUCAGACUUCAUGAUUAAAAGAAUU